AUGAGAUCAUCAGCUUUGAUUUUAGUUGUUUUGGCAGCAACUGUCAGUGCAACAUUCAUCUAUAAUGAAGAUUUGGCUAAAGAAGAGGCUGCUCUCUCAUUCGCUGCUUAUUGCCCUAAUUCAGCUAUCAAUAAUUGGAAGUUGGGCUACGUGAGUGGAAAUUACCCAAAUAUUUAAAAUCCUCAAGUGUUUGAAGAUAUCAUUUAAGGAACAAAAGGAUACAUCGCCUUCAAUCCCACCUACAAUGCCAUCACAGUUGUCUUCAGAGGUUCAAGCAACAUCUAAAACUGGUUGGACAACAUCCAAUUCGAUAAGGUUGAUUAUAAUGAUGCCUGCAAAUGCUAAGUUCACAAGGGAUUCCUUGAGGCCUUCAACUCCGUUAAGCCAUAACUUGACACUCUCUUCGCCAAAUAUAGAAACAUGUACCCAAAUGCCGUCAUUCAUGUAACCGGUCAUUCUUUGGGAGCUGCUAUGGCUACUCUUUAUGCUACCCAAUUGGCAAUCGCUGGAAACUCACUCCAAUUGACUACUUUCGGAUUACCAAGAGUUGGUGACAAGGCCUAUUAUGAUUACUUCUCCUCAUUCACCAAAGUGACCCAUUUCAGAGUUGUUCAUGAGAAGGAUGCUGUGCCACACGUUCCCCCAUAAAGCUUUGGAUUCAACCACGUUGACAGAGAAAUCUGGUACCACAGAGCUUCAUACACCGUAUGCUAAUUGGACGAAGAUCCCAACUGCUCAGACUCAGUUCUUAUUCCAUCAGUCGCUGAUCACAGCUUUUACAUGGGAUGGAGUUCAUCAGUUGAUUGUUGAUUUUUAACAUCAGAAUACAAUUAAUAAAGAUAUCAUUCUAUAUAAAC